AUGACAUCUCAAGAUUUGUCUACUCAAGUACGUCCGCUACGUUUUGUAUAUGAACAAGACAUGAGUGAAAAAGCUCAUGGACGACGACUUACCGUACAGGAACUGCUCACCGACGGAAGUCAUAACACAAAUAUGAACACCACAGUCCAUAAUAAAGUUACGACGGUACAUCAACAUAAUCCCAACUACCAUUCAACGUAUCCGUCACAAAGUCGCAUCAACGUAACUCAGCAUCAACACAACCACUUGUCAACGCGGGACGUUGAUUCAGAGAACACUUCGUAUCCGCAGCAUUUGAAUAUUCCCGAUAAGCCAGAUUACCCACAACUGUUGACUCCCUCAACGUCACCAUUCCAAUAA